CGCAGCCAACAGCAGGCUGCUGCCACCAGGCUCAGAUAUGAACUCCCUGGAGCAGGCCGAAGAUCUGAAGGCCUUUGAGAGAAGAUUGACAGAGUAUGUCUCCUGUUUGCAACCUGCAACAGGCAGGUGGAGAAUGAUCCUGAUAGUAGUGUCUGUUUGUACAGCUACUGGAGCUUGGAACUGGUUAAUAGACCCAGACACACAGAAGGUCUCUUUCUUUUCAUCACUGUGGAAUCAUCCCUUCUUCACCAUCAGCUGCAUCACUCUUAUAGCUCUCUUCUUUGCUGGGAUACACAAACGAGUUGUGGCACCAUCAAUUAUUGCUGCCCGCUGUCGGACUGUUUUAGCAGAAUACAACAUGUCCUGUGACGAUACGGGGAAACUUAUUCUCAAGCCACGGCCGAACAUCCAAUAGCCACAAGCUUGAGUGGGGCGGUCAGGUGUUCCUGGAGUUUGCUGGGGGCCACUGAUGACUGCAGUGGAGUCCUUUGGGUCCUCUAAACCGCACCGAGAAUAAAUUCACUGAGGCCGACUGUCAUGUGAUGGAAAUGCGUUUCGAAGAAAGAAGAAAUGAACUGAUGGGACCUUUUUUUUAAUAGUGUCACUGUGCUGAUGUCACAGUUUCAGAUGUGAGGGAGAGUUCAGAUGUGUUUAUUUCUGUUUCUGAUGUUGAGCAUGUAUUUUAACCAAAUGUUUCUAUUUUUAAAGUUAUUUACCUAAUAAAUACUUGAAGGUAUGAGUGUUUGAAA